GGUUUGACAGGGCUACUUUACAGGGUCAGGAAUUAGUACUGCAUAUUGACUGAAGUUUGCCGUUCGAACAUCAAUUGCAAUGUCCAAGCGCGUACCAAUUGUUUGCCAUGGUCACACAAGACCCAUCGUAGAGAUUAAUUACAGUCAAAACACCCCUGAGGGUUACUUUCUUGCCUCAGCUUCAAAGGAUGGGAAGCCCAUGCUGCGUCACGGCGAAAACGGUGACUGGUAUGGGACGUUUGAGGGCCACAAGGGUGCGGUUUGGGCAUGUGUGUUGGAUACGCCGGCAUUAAAAUGUGCGACGGGAUCGGCCGACUUCACUGCAAGAGUUUGGGACGCGUGCGGCGGCUCUCAGCUGCACGAAUUCCAACACAAUCACAUCGUUCGCUGUGUAAACUUCUCCUUUCACGGUUCUAAUAAACUCGUUACAGGAGGAAUGGAAAAAGUUGUGCGGGUCUACGAUCUGGAGAAACCGGAUGCGGAUCCUAUUAAACUGCCAGCGGCUCAAGCGGGUAUUCGCUCUGUCAACUUCAUCCAGAAUGACAACCUUGUCAUCUGCAGCUACGUCGAUAAACCAGGCAUUGGGGUAUAUGACCUGCGCUCGCAGCAGCUUUCACAGACUGUCGAGACGACGACGUCCGUCACCUCGAUCGAGGUGUCCUUUGACCAGCAGCACGUUACAACAGCUGAAGGUUCCCACGUGCGCUUCUUUGAAGCAGCCACACUGCAGCAAGUGAAGCAACACAAAUUAUCUGCUCCAGCCGAGUCCGCGAGCUACUGUGCAGUUAAGCGCAAGUUCGUGGCAGGCGGAGAGGACAUGUGGGUGCACCUUUACGACUAUGACACUGGCCAGGAACUGGAGUGUAACAAGGGCCACCACGGUCCGGUCCACACCAUUCGCUGGGCUCCCACUUACGAUGCGUACGCUAGCGGCUCUGAGGACGGCACCAUUAGGAUUUGGUUUCCAGACUGCACGGAACCGGCAGCAGCACCUUAGGGGGAACCCGACCCGAGUAAGUUCGGUGAUGUAGGGCAGCAGACAGAUAGGCAGGCAGACAGACAGAAGACACGAGCGUUGCUGCACCCAUUGAAUGUGACUUUAAUGGCUAAAUGGCCCAUGUUUUGGUGUCGCGCAGUGGGGAUUGGGGGCAUGACACGCAUGUAGAUUAGUCUCUAUUAGGGUUGAGCGAGUGCAUGACUCACGGACUGUGCUGUGUAUGGCCUUGUUGUGAGCUCUAAAAUGACGUUCCUGGGUCCAAUUUGGCGUACAGUUUUGGGUACUUGUUAGGGCCGGGGAACAGCAGGAGAGGAAUCCCAC